AUGCUAGUUAUUGGUUUUUUUAUUGUUCUAUAUAUAUUUUACCGUUUAUGUGAACAUUUUUUUCCAACACCAAAUAUUUAUUCAAAUGGUAAAUAUGUUCUAAUUAGUGGUUGUGAUACUUGUUUUGAUCAUCAAUUAGCUAUUGCACUUGAUAAACAAUGUUUUGAUGUUCUUGCUAGAGUUCUCAUUCCAGAAAAUGUUUCAUCACUUCAAAAUAAACUUUCAUCAAAAGCUACAGUUUUUCAUCUCGAUACUACUAAACAAGAAGAUAUCGAUACUGCAUUUGAAUUAGUCAACAAGAACACAAAAGUUCUUCAUGCACUUAUUAGUAAUGCUGGAAUAGUUGUUACUAGCCAUAUUGAUUGGACAUCAAUGAAAGAUACGCAUCAAGUAAUGGGUGUAAAUUUUUUUGGACACGUUGCAAUGACAAAGAAAUUUUUACCAUUACUUAUUGCUAAACGUGAUUCACGUGUUAUUAACGUUUGUUCUGUAGCUGAUUAUGUGUCAUUACCCAGUGAAUCUGCAUAUUGUGCGUCAAAAUAUGCUCUUGAAUAA